AUGGUGUACAGAGGCGCUUGCUCGUGGGAGGCUCAGAAAUCGAUCAUCCCAAAGUCCGUGCUGUACCUGGGGGAUGCCACUGCGAUACAGGACUUCACGGUGGCUUUGGAGUUAGCGGGGCAUUUUUUUGAGGCGGAAGGCGACUCGUCCAAAGAGACGACCUUUGGAGAAGGCCGCAUAGGUUUGGCGUACUUUGAAUGCGAAUGCACCUUCAACUUGGCUCUGUGUCAGCUACGCUCCAAGAGCUACGCCGGGGCGCUGGCGAAUCUGGAGAAGCUCUGCGAACGCAUGGAGGAGAUGGAGAUCUGCGCAACAGCCAUGGGUCUGGUCUGGUUUCUCUGUGGCAUUUGUCAUCUUGCCCUGGACAGUGCCACGGAACAGUUUGCCAAGGAGGCUUUCUCUCGUUCCUAUUCUUAUGACACUGCCUAUGUGGAUGACUUCCUCCUCCGGAAUGGCAGCCAGAUGAGUCAAGAGGAGGAUCGACCGGAGAAGCCGCGACCCCUUGGUGGACCACCUGGCAGGGAAGAGGAGGGCAAGGAAGAUCUUCCCACAGUGGUUUGCUGCCUGCAGCUAUCCAGCGACAAAGACUCGCAAGAUGCUGAAAACACACAGAGUCGCAGUGCCAGGCGGUUCCUGAGCGCAUUGGCGCCAAUUCGCAUCAAGGUGCGCGACGUGGUCAUUUGGGGUCGGCCCAGCAUCAGUUGGCCCUCGAUUCCACCGGUGCGCUGGAAGCCUCGUACGAGCUUGGCGCGCUUGGACUUCCUGCAGCAACGUGACCCCCUGUCCAUGACUCCAGGUAAUCCACCAUCUGGUGAGAACCCAGAAGACAACAACUUCUGAAACUGGGCGGUUGCUUUUGACCAUUUCGGGCUUUUUUGGGUGUGUUUCACAACCCACUGAACCCGUUUCACACGUGGCCGUGCUGCCACAAAAAUCCAUGGCACCCGAGUGAAGAGAACGCGGGAGCGUCUCAAAA